AUGGCAUCCAAUCAUGGGGACGACUUAUCUAGACAUCGACUGCGCUUUAGUGACAUGGUUGAUGAGCCAUUACGAAUGCUACCACCUAUUGAAGGCUUUCAGAAGAUGCCUUUGGUCUCUCUGGAAGAAGCCGUUAAACCACUCAUCAAGCACAUUCUUGAUGUAGAGCGUUACGCAUUAGAUGCCAAAAAGAAAAGUCAAGAGCCAUCAGACUAUGGUCUCUCUAUAGAUGAAUGUGCCUCAAUACGGCUAUAUACAAUGGAAUGGACUACAAAAGAACAAAGUCUCUACUUCAUUAUGAACGAUAAACUUCGAUCUGAAGAUCGAUCUAUUUUAAAAGAUUGGUUUCUUUAUUUGAAGCUAAUUCUCACCGGCUUGAUGAAGAUUCCAUCAUCUCGUCAGAAUCUCUUUCGAGGAGUGAACUUGAACCUCUCCGCAAAAUAUCAACAAGGAGUACCUAUUAUUUGGUGGGCGUUUUCAUCCUGUACAGAUUCGAUGGAAGUAGUCAAACAUUUCUGUGGUAAAACAGGUGAAAGAACUAUUUUCGAGAUCAAUUGUUAUUCUGGUAAAGAUGUACGCAAAUAUUCGGACUAUAUUAAAGAAAACGAAGUUCUACUUAUUGCUGCCACACAAUUUGAACUCGUGGCAAAGGUCGACAAAGGUGAUGGACUGACCAUUAUUCAGUUGAAAGAAACUGAACCACUGUAUCCUCUUAUUGAAAAGGGACCGAUUCCAAAUCAUUCUGCAACAUUACUCCAACAGCUAGAGUUUAAGACACCGAUUAAAUCUCCCGUACAUUUUUCUAAAACUGAACAACCACAAAAUAUACCCUCGUUACAUAUAUCCGCUCAAAGUGACCGUAAUCCAGAAAUUCGUCGUCAAAUUGAUCGAAUUCAACCUCGUUCACAAGCAAUUAUUGAAGGUCAGCGAGUGAGUAAAGAAGACAUGAAGGAUGUGGUUGAACAGAUCAUCAUUGAAAAACGAUGUCCGACAAUUCAAAUACGCAAUGCUAAGAUAACAGGCGAAAGUCUAGAAGAGCUUGGCAAAGGGAUAAAUAGAAGUACUACGUUGAACGAAGUUGAUCUUAGCAGCAAUCGUUUGUCGAGCGGCGAUCUGUAUCUCUUGAUGAGAGAACUGUCGGCUCCUCCAAUGCAUACCGUGGAACAGUGGAGAUGCUUUGGAUGCGUAAAAACGAAGGUAAGAACAGACAGAUAUUAUCAUAGAAUUGCAGUAAGAAUCAUCAACGCGAAGAGGUACUUGACUUUCCUCGAUGCUUCUUCACAUCUUCAUGAACCAAAAAGCACAAGGCGUGCGCCUACAUGAUCAACAAAUAUACCUAGGAUGAACAUGAAGAUAUUGCAGACAUGUCAAUUGCUCACAACUGACAAACACCCGAGACUACCGAUGUGAUUUUUUUUCUCGAAGAUCUUGUUUAUUGAGGGUGUGGGUGUGCGUGAAGAAGAGAAUGACAGCCACACCAACAUCCUAGUAGAAAUUACUUUCUAGAAUUUAUCAUGAGCUACGAUGUGCGAAUAUUUAUCAUUAAAUAUGCUCGAUGAAACAUUUUCUGUAUCAGAAACGAUUCAGUACUGCUGAUAUUUCGUCGAUCUAGACCAAGUGAAUAUGAUCAGACCUUGUAAAAUUGAGAGCUAGCUAGAGUAACUUAUCUGAAUAGAUAGAGAAAAUUACAGAAUAAGGCAAGAAAUCAAUAUUUUGAUUUGACUCACUAUCACAUACGUGGAAUGUCAGGAGAAAUGGGAAGAGCAAUCAAGACUGAAGUGUAGACAUUCGAUAGCACAUCUCUCUGGACUAACAUGAACAAAAAGCAUCUUACCAGCGCAAAAUAAAGCAAGAGAAUUGUAAAAGAAAAGCAAUCAUCAAUGUCUCUUGCAUCAGUAGCUUGUCGCUCAAGUAAAUCUAAGCUGUGCACCAGAUCAAAAUGGGCCGCUCAGUAUUCUCGCAGUAAUUUUUUCAAUUUUCACUCAACUCAGCUAUUUCUUUUCUCUAAAAAUUCUCCAUGUCAAACUCUACAAAACAGUCGUCUUUAUAUUAUUGCUAAUAGUUUCCAUCAUUUUGAGAAAUGCAAUACAAUCGAUUCUUCGAAUAAGCGCAACUUUCAAAGAACAAAAGUUUCCGAAUGUUUUCCAUUUCACACAAGAAUUUUCAUUGUUUAAUCAAUUUUGUUUCUCACUUGAGUUUGUCGCAAUCAAUUGCUCUGACAAGUUCAACUUAGAUUAAGACGGAGCUCACCAAUCAGUUGAGCAUUCCUCAAUGAAGUCGCUUUAUGAAACACUUUGAUAUAUACAAUUUUUUUCAUCAAUCGAUUCUUCAUGAAAAAGUAGGAUUACGAAAAUAUUUUAAGGUUUCUACGACGUUUUUUGACAGAGUUAUAUGCACUGGAACAUGAAGAGGAUCUGAGAAACGUGAAAAAUAAUCAUUUUCUUUCUUUUGUCUUGUUUCGUCGUUAUCUUGGUCAUUUGUUGUCCGUUCAUGUCGAGAGACAUCUCAUUUGAAAGAACACGUAACACUGCAUAAAAAGACACCUUUUAUUGUUUUUGUUAUAAAUAAGUCUUUUUAUUAAAAACAUUUUCUUUCUAAAAACUUCACAUCGUUUUAAUCGAGCUUUGUUCGAUGUAACCCUCUUUUUAGUAUGAUAAAAGACCCACGAGAAACUUUAAUUUAGUUCAGCUUGUUGAGCAUUGCCUCCUCUACAAAAUUAUGAUAGAGAGUUUGAAAAAAGAAAUUUCAGAAAAGGCCGAAAAAAACUGGAAAACACCAUUCGGUGACAUAAAGUUUUGGGUCUUUUAUUGCUUUUUUUUAAGCCAGUUUCUGUUAGAAAAAUGGCGAUUUGAUGAAAACUAAUAUCAUAUUCGGAAUCAACAUCAAAACCUGAGUCGAUCUUUAUGUAUCUCAGAUAUUUACGAGAAAUUUUUUUUUCAUCGAAAAAUUCACCCCAACUCCUCCGCAGGGUUAGACCAAAACAUUAAUUUCACCAUAAGUCUAUUUUCAUGCCUCAAAGAUUUUCCAAUUUGCGCUCUAUUAUCAUUUUGUACGGGUUAGAGCCUGUUUCUUAGCCCCCGAAUAAAGUUUUCGUGAAAUUCAUUUUUUCGCUCAACCCUGAGGAAGAAUUCAGGACUGUGUCUAAAAAUGAAUUUCUUUAAAAUUCUGUUUUCAUGGUUUAGACAUCUGCAAUUUCGUGUUAAAGUUUCAUUUUAUAACCCUAAAACUUGGUUGCCUCUGCUAAAAUAACAUUUUGGUGAAAUUGGUGUUUUUGGUCUAACCUUGAGGGGGAGUAGGGGUGAAUUUUUCGAUGAAAAACAAAUUUCUCGUAAAUAUCUGAGAUACAUAAAGAUUGACUCAGGUUUUGAUGUUGAUUCCGAAUAUGGUAUUAGUUUUCAUCAAAUCGCCAUUUUUCUAACAGAAAUUGGCUUAAAAAACGCAAGAAAAGCACAAAUUUAUGUCACCCAAUGGUGUCUUCCAAUUUUUUUCGGCCUUUUCUGAAAUUUCUUUUUCAAACUCUCUAUCAUAAUUUUGUAGAGGAGACAAUGCUCUACAGGCUGAACUAAAUUAAAGUUUCUCUUGGGUCUUUUAUCAUAUUACAAAAAGGAUUACAUUGGAAAAAGCUUGAUUAAAACAAUGUGAAGUUUUUAGAAAGAAAAUUUUUUUAAUAAAAAGACUUAUUUAAAAAAAACAAUAAAAGGUGUCUUUUUAUGAAGUGUUACGCACUCUUUCAAAUGAGAUGUCUCUUGACCUGAACGGACAACAAAUGAUCGAGAUAACGACGAAAUAAGACAAAAGAAAGAAAAUGAUUACUUUUCACGUUUCUCGGAUCCCCUUCAUGUUUUAGUGCCUAUAACUCUGUCAAAAAACGUCGUAGAAGCCUUAAAUUUUUUUCAUAAUCCUACUUUUCCAUGAAGAAUUGAUUGAUGAAAAAAGUUGUCUAUAUCAAAGUUUUUCAUAAAACUCACUUUCUCAAUGGACUCAUAAACUUUCUUAAGUAGACUAAAUGUCUAAAUCGAGACUAUCUGGAGGCGAAUGAUUUUGUCAAUAAAUGAUGAAAAAUUGUUUCGACACCAUGUCUGUGUGCGAUGAUGCGAGUGAGGCUUUACGCCGUUCUAUUGAAAGACGUAAUCGCUACUGAAACUUUAAGUCUCAUUUUUCAAUCAACAGGAAGCAGUUUUUCAAUAUGACAGGUGCGAUCAGUCGUUCAGCCAUCCAAGGUUACCCGACAUGAGAUAACCUUCAGAACAAAAUUCAACCAAACCAUAACUUUUUGUGGAAACUAUCGGUCUUGCUUAGUACCAGCUUUUUCAUUAGGAUCAGCACGAUUGACUACUUACACUUCAUUGUUCUCAGAAUUAUAGACAUAAUCGAUAUAAAAGAACUUCUCAUCCCAAAAGAGAAUUUUGAGAACUCCUUCUUUUCCAGAAGUUUUUGCGAACAUAGUGUCCCAACUAUUCCGUUUGAUCUUCUGGUUAUCCGACAGUGAUGAUUUUAUUACUUUUUCUUUGAAAAAAAUGUAGUCCUAAAUCGUUUUUUAAUAUUUGCCAGACAGUUGUCGCAGAGACACCAAGCUCCAUUGAUAGUUGCUAAGCUGG